AUCGAAAUCGUUAACGAUAUAAUUAUAUCAUUCUAUUUCACUGACGCGUAUUUCUGAAACCUACAAACUUACGCGUAUUUUUUUAAUAAAAACGAGUGUUUCUGGUUACCUGGUUAUAAUCUUUUCGUGGUUUUAAAAACAAAUAGUAAAAGUUGACAUAUCCUCUUACCUCAUUUCCAGCAACUUCGGAUAAAAAAAAGAUAAAAACAUUUUUCAUUUGAGAUUCCGGUAAAUACAUUUAAGAAAGUGAUAAAAUAUCGACAGCAGUUUUCGUAAAACGUUGGUAAAAGAAAUUCAUUUCACUUAAAUAUUUGAAAAUGGUUGUGGCUAAAAAAUAUGUGAUACAAAAACACAGAAGUGGUUUACUUCAGCCAGAAGAUGUGAAAAUAGUAGAAGAAGAAUUGCCAGAACUGAAGGAAGGAGAAUUUUUGGCGCAAGCGCAUUUCAUAAGUAUUGAUCCUUAUAUUCAGUACUUAAUUCAUGAUGAAGAGAAACACCCAGUAGGUUCUACAAUACCAGGAACCCAAAUUGCAUUAAUAUACGAUAGCAAAAAUCCUAAAUUUCCCAUUGGAAAAUACAUUUACGGAAAUUUUGGUAUGCGUACUUACACAAUUGGACCAUUGAAAGAUGAUGAUCCAUAUGGAAUGCCUCCUCAAUAUAUUCUACCUGACUUUAACUCUUAUCCUUACAGCUACGGAUUGGGAAUAUUGGGAAUGCCCGGUAUUACUGCCAAUAAAGGCUUUCUUGGGCUUUGUAAACCGCAACCGGGUGAAACGGUAGUUGUAACCACAGCAGCAGGCGCCGUUGGCAGCGUUGUAGGUCAAAUAGCAAAAAUUAAGGGAUGCAGAGUUGUGGGCAUUGCUGGAUCCGAUGAAAAGGGAAAGUGGUUGGUCGAUGUACUUGGAUUUGAUAAAUUUAUUAAUUAUAAAAGGCCUGAUUUCGCUAAGAAGUUAAAAGAUGCUGCCCCAGAUGGAAUCGACUGCUAUUUUGACAAUGUUGGUGGUGAAAUAAGUAGUAUUAUAUUAAGUCAGAUGAAUAAAUUUGGUCGUAUAUCUGUAUCUGGAUCUAUUUCUGCGCAUAAUGUCGAGUCUGGUGAAGAACCCAAAGCUUCAAUUGUUCAAAGGCACUUGGUUUUAAGGCAGUUAAAAAUGGAAGGCUUUAUGGUUACGAGAUGGAGAGAUGAAUGGUUUGAAAUUAUCAAUCAAAAUUUACAAUGGUUAAGAGAAGGUAAACUCAAGUAUAAAGAGCACAUUGUUUGCGGUUUCGAUAAUUUUCCCAAGGCUGUUGUUGAUCUCAUGACUGGCGCUAAUACAGGAAAAGUUAUUUUGAAUGUUAUGGGUUAAAAAAUGCUAUAUGUGGUUGACCAAUCUGUUCUGUAUCAUUACCUUAUAAAUAUUGUACAAUCUAUGGUCUUACCUCAAUUUGUAAGCGGACUUAGUCUCAUACUUUUGGAAUGUUCAAACAUAAGAUUUUACUUAUCAUGAUUUUGAAUUCUUAACAUGAUGCUCAUGACUUAUUUGUAAUGUAAUAUACGUUUUGAUAUUGACGCAUUACGUGAAUUAGUUUUAAUUUGUGAUAAAAUUAAGAAUUGGAUGAAGUUCUACCUUCGACUAUAAUUUAACGUUUUUGCAUGUAACUGUAAACUGUACUGUACUAAUCAGUUAAAGAUUAAAACAGUUAAACAACCUAAA